AUGACAACUAACACCGAGAUCUAUUUUAUUGUUACUGAUCAUAUUUUAUCAAGGUUGCCUGUGCAAUCACUGUUGCGAUUCAAAUGUGUAUGCAAAAAUUGGAACGAGCUUAUCAAUACCUCGAGUUUCAUCGAAAAACACUUCAACAGUGAAAGUAAUCGUCUCCGUCUAAUGAUUACCAAGUUUGGUCUUAACUACCACAAAAACCCGUGUGUAAGACCUUUUGAUACGUACUUGCUCCCUGAUAAAAUAUUCAGCGGAUGUGUCCCUACUCAUAAGCUGAUUUAUCAUGGCGAAGACGUUGGUGAUAUCAGGGGUAUUUAUGGUCCAAUUGAUGGCUUGUUCUUAUUAGAGAAAGGACAUUACAUAGACAAUGGACGAUUUGGCUGGUGGAACCCUGCAACGAAAGAGUGUAGGCUUAUUCCUCGUGUUUUUUUCGAGGUAGAAGAUGGUUUGGAAGACAACGAUCGUAGAAUAGGAAUAGGAAUAGACUUAGCUACUCAUGACUACAAAAUCAUUUGGGUACGAACAUAUUGGAAUGACUAUGAGAGUGACAUUUUCCCUAAGGUUUAUGCAGCUGUCUAUUCGACGAAAAAUGACUCAUGGAAGCACUUGGAGCCUAAUUUCUCACACGAAUGUCAAAUAUGUAUGUCGUCCCAACAUUGCACCUACAAGAAUGGUAUGUACUAUUGGAUUAGUACUAGCAAGAAGUAUAUCUCAGAAGGGAUAAACGUGUAUUUUAUACGUACAUUUGAUUUUUCAACUGAAUUGUUUGGGGAAUUUGAAGGACCACCAAUUCCAGGUGAACAUUGGGUAACUUUAUUUUUACGUGGUGGUUCAAUUGCAACAAUGUCUAGUAAAGAUGUUACACAAGCAAUGACAGCUUUUUAUGAUAUUUGGGUAAAUAUUCGAGGAAAUAAUUGGAUUAAAGUUUAUACUGUGAAUCCACCAAUAACAAAUCAUUUGUGUAUUGGAAUUUGGGAGUAUGAUAAGUUUAUUUAUGAACUAACACCAAGUUGUAAAGUGUUGUUUUAUGAUCAAACAACUAAGCAAGUUACGAGUCUUGGAUUUGAAUUUGAUGGAAUAGGCUUUGGUUCAUGUUGGGUUUUGAGUUAUAAGGAGAGCUUAGUUCCGAUAAGGAAAGAAAAACCGAGCGAGAAGGAUAAUAUUGAAUACUUCAUGGUAGAUUAUUAA